AUGGAUCUCCUUCAAUCCUACAAAGACACCGACAUGGAUGACGACGUCGCUUCGCCUCAUCCACCCACUACGUCCGACCCUUCGCCUGAUUCCUCCCCAAUCCGGAUCUCCCUCCCCGCCAAAUCCGCUGCUCCGGCAGUCGACGAUACUAUGCUAUCCCUCACCGCCGCCGGCAAGGCCCAGUCGGAGGCCCAAAAGCCAAUUGACCCGACCCAGCGCCUCGUUUCAUUCAAUCCGACCUACGACCAGCUGUGGACACCCAUCGUGGGCCCCUCUCAUCCCUACUCCAAGGACGGCCUCGCCCAAGGCCUCCGCAACCACAAGCUAGGGUUCGUAGAGAAUGCCAACAUAGGGUCCUUCGUGUUCGACGAGCAGUACAAUACGUUUUACAAAUUCGGGUACGCAGCUGAUCCGUCCGAGAAUAACUAUGUCGGUGAUGUUAAAGGGUUUGAGAAAAACGAUGGGCUUUCCGUGUACAACAUUCCGCGGCACGAGCAGAAGAAAAGGAAAAUGGAGAAAAAGAAGGAGAUGCUGGAGGAGAACGAGGGAGAUGGUCAGGUGGAUACAGUCGAGUUGGAGAAUCCUUCAACCGACACUUGGCUGAUGAAGAACAGGAAGAGCCCCUGGGCCGGGAAGAAGGAAUGGGUGCAAGGUGAGUUGACUGAGGAGCAAAAGAAGUAUGCGGAGGAGCAUGCCAAGAAGAAGGGUGAGAAGGAAGAAGGCGAGCGAGGGAAAGGGGAAGCUCAUGUCGACAAGACCACAUUUCACGGGAAAGAGGAGAAGGAUUAUCAAGGGAGGUCGUGGAUCGCCCCGCCUAAGGAUGCUAAGGCAAGUAAUGAUCAUUGUUACAUACCCAAGAGAUUGGUGCACACGUGGAGUGGGCACACGAAAGGGGUUUCGGCUAUUAGGUUCUUUCCCAAGCACGGCCAUUUGAUACUGUCUGCUGGGAUGGAUACGAAGGUGAAGAUCUGGGACGUGUACAAUUCUGGAAAGUGUAUGAGAACUUACAUGGGGCACGCGAAGGCUGUGCGUGAUAUAUGGUUUAGUAAUGAUGGGACAAAAUUUUUGAGUGCUGGAUAUGAUAAGAAUAUUAAGUAUUGGGAUACGGAGACGGGGCAAGUGAUAUCAACUUUCUCGACCGGAAAGAUUCCUUAUGUAGUGAGACUUAAUCCGGAUGAGGAUAAACAGAAUGUCCUGCUAGCGGGAAUGAGUGAUAAGAAGAUUGUGCAGUGGGAUAUAAACACAGGGCAGAUUGUGCAGGAGUAUGAUCAGCAUUUAGGGGCGGUUAAUACAAUUACUUUUGUGGAUAACAACAGGAGGUUUGUUACAUCAAGUGAUGAUAAGUCACUGCGGGUGUGGGAGUUUGGGAUUCCGGUGGUCAUAAAGUAUAUUAGUGAACCCCACAUGCAUUCGAUGCCUGCAAUCUCUUUGCACCCAAAUUCGAAUUGGCUAGCUUGUCAGAGUUUGGAUAACCAGAUACUUAUUUACAGUACUAGAGAGAGAUUCCAACUUAACAAGAAGAAAAGGUUUGCUGGCCAUAUUGUAGCUGGCUAUGCUUGCCAGGUUAACUUUUCCCCCGAUGGACGGUUUGUAAUGUCAGGGGAUGGUGAGGGAAGGUGUUGGUUUUGGGAUUGGAAGAGUUGCAAAGUCUUUAGGACUCUCAAGUGUCAUGAUGGAGUUUGUAUUGGUUGUGAAUGGCAUCCAUUGGAACAGAGUAAAGUCGCCACUUGUGGCUGGGAUGGCUUGAUCAAGUAUUGGGACUAA